CAUCUCGGGAGCCAUGUAAACAAGGCCGGCACGUUCUAACUGACGCGAGCAACGCGACUGCGAGCAGAUCGAGGGGCUCGUCGCAUCGCCGCUGGGUUUCAGCCCCUCCUUUAUCAGACACGCAGUCCUACGCUCGCACUGCGUCGUUGGGCGGCCCCAGCGAGCUAUGAAACGUCACAGUGUUCCCCGUUCGAGACAUGUGAUCGCGACCUGCGACGGUUUCCCAGCGAUUUCGACGACCUGGCGCUAGUAGGACGACGCCGUCAGCGGACGGCAGCCAGACACAAAGAGCCAUUCGCAGUAAGCGAACUGGAGCGGUGAUAAUGCAUUGUCUGCUACAAGCCCUGCUGCUGGCUUCCCUCGGGGGACUUGCAACGCCCACUAAGAAUGUGUCAAUGGUCACUUACUUCAUGCUCAGCCAACAGUGGAGCUCAGGCUACUGCAGUGCAGCACAUGAUAAGUGUGUCAAGGAGAAUAAAAGAAGUUUUUGGACUAUACACGGACUUUGGCCUUCUGCAAACACCUCAAGUCCGGAGUUUUGCAACAAAACACUUCGUUACAAUGCGACAGUUCUCACGCCCCUGGUACCUCUGCUUGACCUGUAUUGGCCAUCUUUGACCAGUACCAACAACAAUGUAUUUUGGAAGCAUGAAUGGCAAAAGCAUGGCACGUGUGCCACUGUUGUGCCCCAGUUGGAUGGACUUUACAACUUCUUCAACUCAACGCUGAGCCUGUAUCUGCAGUACAAUAUUACCGAGUAUCUACUGAACAGUGGUGUAGUGCCAACCUCUAAAAAAACAUACCAGCUACAAACAAUUAAAGACGCUCUGCACGAUGAUAUCAAAGAAGCAGCUAAUUUUGUGUGCUACUCAAACAGGAACUACUCCGCACCCGUCCUGGCCGAGAUUCGAUUCUGCCUUAACCAGGAGCUGGAGCCCAUCGAUUGCAAUGCGAAGCACUCCGGCUGUGGUCAAGGCGACGUCUACUACUUGGCCUUUGACAAAGAUGGCGCCACUGCACGGACAUCACCACUUUCAUGGCUGCUGCACUGCAGCUGGAUGUUUGCAAUCAGUGUCAUACCAAUGCCACUGUACCGGUUACACUGAAUUCAAUCAAAGCUGUGCACAGUGCAAGCAGGAUAUGCUGUAUAUGGCUGCAUCGUUCAGAAAUAUUCGAGGGCCUUUCAUAGUAAUUAUGGCCCAUGCACCCAAAGCAGUUUCUCCGAAACAUCUAGAGCAGUCCUUUGCAAGGCGCAAUACACCGACUUGUAGAGCGUACAUGCUACACACCGUAGCACUUUCUAGCAGUGGACCUUUGCAACCAUUUACAUGCCAUUUCUUUUGCCUUCAAGCAUGAAGUGCAUAUUUGGUGACCGAGGUAUUGCGAUAACCCUGGUGAGUGAGGGAGAGGUUGCUGUGUGAGCCCCUGUGUUUCACUACUAUCUUCCUCGAUUUUCUUUUUUUUUGCACCUGUAGGCAACAGGAUAUUUCGAGUUUUGGCUUACAAGAGAUUACAGUUAGUAAUGAUGAGAGUCGUCUCACCUCAAGCCUACACAGUAGGGGAUAUAGGUGAAAUACUGCAUGUAGGCUUUUCCACACGAUUAAGUUGCCCUACACAGAACGGCCGACCUCCCACCCAUUGCACCCUUGAAUCGAUUAUAGGCUAGCAAACCACGAGGAGGUAGUAAGCGAGAGAUGGUGGCAAGAACAGUGGCACCAGCUCAUGCGCUCCAGCUUCAUUUCCACCUCUACGGCGACGUCCACCCAUCUUGUGUGGGGAAGCAAACUUGCAGAAUUUAACAUAUACCAUAUGGCAAUGGGCGCGAGCACAGGAACCAAAAGGUGUCUGGUGUUUUGUUAAUGAAGGUUUUCCUACUGUGCUGCACUGAUCAGCCAACAGAUCUGACUUAUCUCACACUACAAUUCUCAAACGCAAGAAGAGUCGAGCAGUGGAAAGGUUGAAAGGCUUAAAAGCACUAGAAGUGGCAUCACACCACAGAUGUGAAAACUUCAGCUAUCUGCACAAGCUCUGCUGCCAGAGCAUAGUGUCAUCUGAUAACUUCCAAGCCAUGACAUAUAUAUCAAGGACGUUCAUUUCUGAACAUCCACAGCCAAACCGCAGAACUUCGCACCAUUUUCUAGAACUUGCCGUAACUUGCAGCUGCGAUUAAAAGCCAGACCACAUAUUGUGCAGAAGAAUGUUUGUUGCAUAUACACGGUAAUACCAUUUAGAUUGUGUAUAAGGACAAAUCCCUUGUAUGGUGUUGUGCAUAUUCCAUGCUUUCAUGACUGCUUCGACGUCUAUGCAGGUAGUAGUGUAUUGCUGUUAACAGAUUCCAAGUAGUUUUUGAUAAAGCAUUGUGUCAUCCUUUGGCUCAUUUCUUUGAGCAAGGUAGCAAGCACCACUGUCCACACAACUAUUAUGGUGUCAUUACUGAACUGCAGCGAGGAUACAAUGCUUGGCAGGCCUUCGAAAGAGGAAUCUAUUGUUAAGUUUUAAUUUUAUUUUAAUUGUUUCUAUAUUUUCCUUUUACCACAUGAUUUAUACUUACACACAUUUUGUGCUUGUUUCAAUUUACUAUUUUAAUUUCGACUAUAAAGCUACUUGUUCCUUAUACAAUUCAAUGAAUUUUUAUGUAUCAUGUACUGAAGUGUCGCACAACUUUUUGUUGCAGCCCCAGAUAUAAAAGUUUCGUCUUGUGCACUUUUACAGUGAUGAGCAAGAGUAUGCACUUUAUGCACUUUGCAGAUUUUUAUACUGCACCGGGUGUACUCGCAUGACCUAUCAAAUGUUUAAUGUAUUUCGAUUACGUACUUGAGUGUUGACAUGUGCCGGUGUGCCAGAAUUUUAUGUCGGAAUAUUCUCUAAUGUAUUAAACAUGCUUUUCAUUUUAUUUAUUUAUGAUCCAGUGAAAAGAGGAUAAAUAAAUGGGGUAAUAUAUUCAAAGUG